GUCAAUGGUUAACAAUUGCAAGUUGACAGUUUUGAUUAGCAAUGAUCUACUUUCGCAUGAAAUGAGAUUGUAUUAUAAGUGGCUUUUUGUAAUCGUUAUUGUCCUUUUUUUUGUCAUCAUAUGGCGAAAUUACUCAACCGACUAUCAGGACGAGACUUCUUCGCUAAAAGAGAAUGAUGAGACACCAACAUUUCAAUGGGUAGAGUUUAAGAGCCAUCGAAAGUGCAGGAACUCUGUACAAGGUUACAAGCUUAUUGUUGAUGAUCUAGGUUAUAUCUGUGAAUGGUCAGACAGGCUAUCCAAUGGUUGCUGCUUCCCUAAAGGUCCAUCAACUAAUCAAUUUGUUUGCAAUAGCUGCCUUGUUAACCAUUGUUGUAGUGUCUAUGAACAUUGCGUUUCAUGUUGCCUCCAUCCCAACAAAAAAUUACUUCUUCGCUCAAUUUUGGCAAACAACAGUAGAAAGAUUCUAAAAAUGGUGACUGACCAGUUUGAAUUUUGCAUUGUCAAAUGUCGAACCUCGUCCCAGAGUGUUGUCCAUGAAAACCAUUAUCGUAAUAGCAAACAUAAGCAUUGCUUUGGCUUCAAGCUACCUGAAGCUGAACCUUUGUAAUUGAAGUGGAGGUGUAUCUUUGGAAGAAUAAGGACAAGACAUUUUAGUGGUGAAGGCAAAGUACCUGAUGAUAUUAUGUGCUUGGAGAGGAGGGGCAGGAAAGUACCUGAUGAUAUUGGGUGCUUAAAGAGGAGGGGCAGGAAAGUACCUGAUGAUAUUGGGUGCUUGAAGAGGAGCGGCAGGAAAGUACCUGAUGAUCUUGGGUGCUUGAAGAGCAGAGGCAGGAAAGUACCUGAUGAUAUUGGGUGCUUGAAGAGUAGGGGCAGGAAAGUACCUGAAGAUAUUGGGUGCUUGAAGAGGAAGGACAGGAAAGUACCUGAUGAUAUUGGGUGCUUGAAGAGCAGAGGCAAAGACUACAUGAAAAACCAAUUAGGUUUUUUUUCUUACAAUCCUUGUAAAUGACAUUUCUGGUGCAAAAUGCAUCAUUUGCAAUCUUACAAAAUCAUUUAAUUUUGUCUUUUUUAUUUACAUGCAUCAUGUAAUGAUAAUGUAAUGAUAACUUGCAAUCUUGCAGAGAAGGUGAAUUCCAAUUCUAGCUCUUUCAAGAAUUCUCAUCAAUAACUAUCACAAUUUGUUGUGUA